UUUGUUGUAAGUACUGUCGUAAUAUUAUUUGUACGUAACGUACGUACGUAUCGUAUAAUACACCAAAAGUAUACACGAUAACGCAUGCGCAUUUCGUUGCAUUCACCAAACUUUCUAACCAGCAUUUUUCGGCACGUGUUUUCAAAGUGCUCGUACUCAUUUAUAGUUUAGUUUUUGAAUACUUGUUGUCGAAGGUACGCGAUGGUUCGUUUGGGACUUAACCCGGUUUUGAUUCGGUGCCGGCACCACAUCGUUCAGGGGGUUGUGCGAAGUUGGCCAAAACAACGCUGCAACUGCUGCCGCUGCUGUUGAUGAUCAUUUUCAAAAAGUGAUCGAAAUUUAACAAAAAUUUACACCGCCAUAAAAUCUAGUCCCCAAUUUUUUUCACCUCGACGUGUUCAUAUUAUACCGUAAGAUUUUUUCCUUUUUUCUUGUGUUCUUUUUCGGUUCUUUUUUUUCGUAUUUUUUUAUACGUGCAUUCGCGUUCGCUUUCUUUUCUGUUCUUUAUUAUACUUUUUUUCUUGUUUUUGUUAUCGUUCGAGACUGAUUACUUAAUACCUCUUAACACUUUCGUAAUUUAAUCAUUUUUUUGUCGCGUUAAAUCUUUGUCGUUUUGAAAAUGUACAACGUCGAAAAUGGCAAAAAUUGAUGAGAGUGCUCAAAAACAGUGGAUUAAAAAUUUAUGGAUGAAUCCUAGUGUUAGACAGAAUGAAUCAUUAUGGAGUCGAGUUUCUGAAAUGGUCAAUGCUUUCAAUGGAGAACUGCAAAUGCAAAGAGAUAAUCGUAGAAUGAAGCCAGAUUCUGUACCUGUUGGAGUCGACUGUACGUUAAGUCCAGUGCUACCGAAUACUAACUUGAAUAGUGCGACUCGUAGUGAAUUUUGUGCCAGCUCGAUUUCGGCUACGAUAUCAGCGACCGAAUCAUCUGUAAAAACAGUAGUCUGUAGUCCGGAUAUACCGGUGUAUCCUAUUGCAGCUCAACCAGUCGAAGAAGUCACCGUGGAUCCUCCAGCUACGCAAACGCAAUCUGCACAAGGUAUAUUAACCAAAAUUUACCAGUGCACGAUUUGUUCGGAAGGAUUCAACCAAAAAGUCAGUCUGACGGCGCAUCUAAAAACGCACACCAAAGAAAGCGAAGAUCCGUAUCAGUGUAACUUCUGCGGUAAAACAUUCGCAGUUCCGGCACGUCUGACGCGUCAUUACCGAACGCAUACCGGAGAAAAACCCUACCAGUGCGAGUACUGCAAGAAGUCGUUUUCCGUCAAAGAAAAUCUAAGCGUUCAUACGCGUAUCCACACCAAAGAAAGACCCUACAAGUGUGACGUUUGCGAACGAGCCUUCGAACAUUCGGGCAAAUUACACAGACAUAUGAGGAUACAUACCGGAGAACGCCCUCACAAAUGUACCUACUGUUCGAAAACUUUCAUCCAAAGUGGACAGCUAGUGAUACAUUUGCGAACACAUACUGGCGAAAAGCCGUACGUUUGCAAAAGCUGCAACAAAGGAUUCACGUGUUCCAAACAGCUCAAGGUGCAUACGAGGACCCAUACGGGAGAAAAACCGUACACUUGCGAUAUUUGCGGAAAAUCGUUCGGAUAUAAUCAUGUGCUGAAGUUGCAUCAGGUGGCUCAUUACGGUGUUAAGGAAUACAAAUGCACGAUAUGCAAGCAGACGUUCAACUCGAAGAAGUUAAUGGAAUCUCACAUCAAGACACAUUCGGAUUCGAAUGCCGCUCGAGGCCCCGAAGGCGAAUCUUCUUGCGCUUCUUCGACCAGCGACAAAGAAAACAAGGUUGAGAUUGUUUCUGAAAUGCCAUUUUCGCACUCUCCUGUAUCGAGCAGAUCGCCAAUGGUGACUUCAAUUCCGAGUAGCGGCAGUCCAUCAUCGAUGGACCGGAUUCGAGAAUCGGAUUCUCGGGUAAUAAUUGCGUCGAAACCAACACCUUACGAAAAUUGCGCUUAUAACAUGCAAACUGGGACCACGACCGUAUCCAUUGGUCAAACCAAGGAAUCAGAUUUGAAAAAUUUACGCUAUUUUGAUCCUUCUUGUCUUCCAUCCGGCCACCAUCAUCCAAACGGUUUAAAUUUGUUGGUGGCAGCCACAGCUACCGAUGAGCUAAUCUGUUAUCAAAAUAACAAUCUGCGUUUGCAACCAUCAAAAUUUGUGAUUCCAGCAGCCGGCGAGCAAUAUUACCACAAUUCUCCUCCAGCAUAUUCAGAUUCUAGUCGUUCCAGUCCAUCGCCAAAACUGGAAGUUAAUGAAAUGGUCGACGAAGCCGGAUACUAUGUAUCCGAAUACGAUCGUCAGUUAUCGCCGCAAAAUCAUCAAUUGCAGCAAGCUCUGGUGUUCAGCAAUGCGCCAGCGUCCUCAGUCUCUGUUCCUUCCCCUGAUGGUCUAACUCCUCCUAGCAGUAGUUCCACAAGUCCUGUUCCUUCUUCGCCGGAUUUCGUCGAUCUCGCAGUAAACAAAGACGAACUCAAAUUGCCACCUAGGAAACGAACCAAAGCCAUUCUGGAAUCAAUGUCUUUGGAAAAAGCCAAAGCCGAAGAUUGCAAUUUCCGGUACAAUUCUGUUAUUCAGUAUGCGAAAGCUUCGUCGUAACCCUUAUAGUAUAUUAUUUCAAUCCGAUAUGUCGGAUUUAUUUUCAUGUUUUAUUUUUUUUAUUUGUACGUAAUAGUUACAAGUGUUACAUAUUGUGUAUCCCAAAAACUAAAAAUCAAGCUCAAUUCUAAAUUGCAUUUUGGUGAUAUUACAUAGUUGAUGUUAUUUUCUUGUUCAGUUCUUAGUCUACUCGUUGAUUUCAUUUUCAUUUUACAAUAGUAGGUAAUAGCGAUAACCAUCUAUAGAUGCAUUUUUUUAAUUCUCAUUCUAAUAUUUUCUAUUUAGUAGCUUGUCAAUUUUGUAUCCAUUUAUAUUGUUGUGUUUGUAAUUUAAUCAUGAGCUUAUCAUGAACCUACGUAUUUACGUUGUUUAUUGUAAACAAUCAACCUAACAUUUUUUAAAUGAGAAAAAUUUCGAAACAUCGUUAUUAUUAAAAUUAAAAUAAUGUCAAUUUCCUAUCAAAUGUUUUAUUUUUGCAAUUUUUUUUUAGUUUUUUUCUCUCUCCUUCGAAGUUAUCGCAAUUACUCCUCAAAUCAAGACUGUUCCGUUAUAUUGAAUUUAAUUAGCAUUCGUCUUUUCCUUUCAAAUAUUUAUUUUCUGUUUAUCAACAAAUUUAUUAUAUAAUUAUACAUGUAAUAUGUACAAGACUUUUCCGGGAUUAUUUCUAAGUUUUUUUAAAUUAUUAUUAUUUGUCUUUCCAAUUUUUUUCUUUUUUUUUCAUAAAUUCGUUGAUUUUUAUUAUUUUUUAUGUAAAUUUUUGUGAAUAUACGUAGUCGUAUAAGAUUCCAUGUCAAUGAUUUAAGAACUAAAGAAAAGAAUUACACAGUUGCAUUUAUUCCUAUAAUUUAUUCUCGUUUACUCGAGUGCUCAAAUUUCUAUUUAAAAAAUGAAAAUCUUAUUAGUGGUUUAGGUACCUAUAUAGUUCUCCCUUUCCACUACAAUAUUACAUUUUCCUAUUUAUGAAUGUCUUAUAUUGUUAUGAUUCUAGUUAGAUGUAAUAUUAGGUUUUAGUUCUCGCUGUUAUACGUAACUAGUCAGUAAUUAAAAAAUUUAAGUAGAAAAAUAAUGUACAUUUUGAAGAAAAAAAGUAAGGUAAAAGCGUUACGUCAUUAUUUAGAAAAAAAAUGAAAAAAAUAUCCUCAUUAUAGGAUAGCAAAAAAAAAAACGCCAAUGUGGCAUGAUUGUAUGAAAAUUUUUUAAAUUAUAAGGAAACUGAGACUGACCUAUUUUUCCCCAGUCUUUUUAUGGAACGAAGUAGACAUGUUUUAAGUGCACUUGACAACGUCUGCGUUUUACCUUUGUCUGUGAAAUCUACGUACAUACAUUGAAACUUACGAGAGAGUUUAUUCAGACUGCUUUUUAUCAAAUGUAUUUUUAAUCCUAUUUUUUCUCGCAAUUAUCGGUGGAAUAUGAUUUUUCUUUCUUUCUUUCUUACUUAUAUAAAUGAUUAUUUCCAUGGGGUUUUUACAUGUGAAAAAUUUUAUUCAUCUUGAAUGGGGAUUUUUAAAAAAGAAGUAAUGUAUCGUUGUUGGUAGGUGCUAUAAUAGUUCGUCGUACAUUGAAAAACUUUUUUAAUCAACUAAAUUGAAAUUAGCAGUCGUUUUACAUUCCUGUUCUCUUGUAAAAGUUGUAUGAAGUUUUUUUUUUUUUUUUUUUCAAAA